CUCUCUCGUUCUUGCUCGCUCCUAUACGAUUCGCGUGCUCAUUCUCACUCUGGCUUCUGAAACAAAACGCGUAAAAGGUCACUGAGAACGCUUUCGAACAAAGAGACAUGAAGCGCAAGCGUGGGAAUAAGAAAGGCAAGACAAAAAAGCUAUCAGUGGGUACCAGUGAGGGAGUUCCAGAUGUUGUUUAUCUGGAUACAGAAGAUAAUUCUGGUGUGGAUGCCUUUGACAAUGUGGAAUGUGACUCUGGUGCAGAGGCUGAGACACCAUCUUCUCUAGGAACUGAUCAGCCACAAAAACUUGUAAGAAUUAAUUCUGGUGGUCUAAUUGAUAAGGCAGCUGUGAAUUCCGUUUAUAGUCGUGUUAAAGUGAAGAUCAAGACUUCAAAAACAUUAGACUCUCAGCUUACUUCUUCAGAUGCACCUACACAAAGCGAUACUGAUAAGAGCAGCCAGCAAGCGGGUUUAGAAAAACAAGUACUUAUUGAAAAGAUGGAAGAUAGUGCCAACUCAUUGCCUGAAAUUAAUAUGGAUGCUCCAGGGAACUUGUCUAAGAAAGCUGGAAGCAUAAAAAUUAAGUCUAGGGGCUUUAGUUCCUCAAGUAUGAGCCUGUGCAGUAAUGUCGGACUGGUGCAGGGUGAGCGGACACUCCAGAAAGAAUCUGAGUUACUUCAUUGGCAUCCUCAAUAUAGUAGUAAGCAAGAACUAAGUGCUUCCCUAGAGGUGAUUAAAAAGGUUAUGAAAAUGGAUGCAGCUGAGCCCUUCAAUGCCCCGGUCAAUACCAUUGCAUUGGGAAUACCUGAUUAUUUUGAUGUCAUCGACACACCUAUGGAUUUUGGUACAAUAUGCAGCAAUCUUGAAAAUGGGGGUAAAUACACGAAUUCAGCAGAUGUGUUUAAAGAUGUGCAAUAUAUAUGGGAUAAUUGCUCCAAGUACAAUAAUAAAGGGGAUUAUAUUCUGGAGCUUUUGAAGCGGGUAAAGAAAAACUUCAUAAAGUACUGGACAGCUGCCGGGUUAAAAAGUGAACAGCCACAGAGUACUAACGGUGUUGAAAGCAUUCAAGCAAAGGAUGUUGCACCUUCCAGUCAUGGAAAGAAACCUGUCAAAGUUGGUCACCCACAACAUAAGGCACGAAAGCGUCCUGGAGUUAAACGGCAUAAGGAUGACUGCCUAUGUGCUAUAUGCGUGAUGAUGCGUCGCAGGCAGGAGCGUGAGGAUGCUCAAAUUGUUGAAGACCAGCUCGAGACUAGUGAAGAUCAUCCUGGUCAUGAGGUCAAGCGAGAGGGAACGUCACCGGUAGAAAGUCCUUCUGGUGCCGAUAUUUCGUCAAAUAUGGAGAAUUCCGCUGACCGGGACACAGAUGCCGAUUUGGAAGAAAAAGGAGAAGAGGUGAGGUCCGAAGAUACUGAUAUCCCUUUACAGGAGAAGCAGGAGGAGGACAAAGAAAAUCGGAUCACAUUCCAAACCAAAGGGGGAAGUGAAAUUUCUGAAUAUUCACAGUUAGAUGAUAGAUCAAAAGAAGAGCAUAAUAUGCUAUAUCAGACCCAAAGGGUCGAAUUAAUUGGUCAUAUUCGGAAUGACACUCGGAAAGAAGAAAUAUCGCUGCAUCAUGAGGAUGAAUCUGCAGCAAUGGAACGAAAAAGGGCCAAGGUGUCACGAGAGAAGAUUCAAAAAGCUAAAAUAUAUGAGAACCUUCGUCGAUUUGAACAUCCACUGCUUUCAAGGUUGUGUGGAACACUCUUUACAGAGAAUCCCAAAUCAGUCUGGAAUGGGCCACAUUCAAUGGUGCGUCGUCAGCGUUUAAUCCGCCGCAGUUCCAUCCAUGAAGCCAUUUCGACAUUUAUGAAAUAGGUUCCCCCUUGGUGCUUAUCCUACUACAUCCCAGGUAAGUUCAUUCAGUGGUGGAUAAAACUCAGAGAGCAAAGCAGGCAUCGGAGUUUGGUUUUGGAUUUAUAUACAUGGGGUUUCGAUACCUGGUGGUUUAUUGGCAAGAUGGCGUGUGACAAUCCCGAGGGAAGGGUUCAAUUGCGAGUGAACUGGCUGUUUCAUCAUUUGUUGUGGCCCGAUGAUGUCCCAGAGGAUGAGUAAUACAAGUGUAAUAAAGUAAAAAUGCUCAAUUUGAUCUAUAGCAUAUCUUUUUGAGAGGUGUAACUGUUAUUGAAAAUUGCACUUACUUUUUUGCAGCACUUGUAAGUAGAGUUUCCUCUAAUUUUUCAUUUGAUCUUUUGUUUAGAAACAAAUGGAUAUAGACAGGACAAAAGGAUAUGGUAGUAUUUGUUCAACAAAAGCAUAUGGUGAAAUUCAAAAAGGAUUCAAG